CUUAUCUUCCCCCUUCCUCUGGUCUUUGCCUUAAACCCUAGCAAUCUGAACGUAACACUGGUUCAUUAUCAAUGGGAGAUUCACCGUUAUUAACCGCUAGUUUCUGAGAGCGAAACCCACCCGAAAAGAUUUUGAAUUUUUCUUCUCUUUAACCCGGAAAAAAUGUACUGUAACCUGACAAGAACCCAAGGGUUUCCAAUGGCGAUUAGGGUUUCCUUACAACAAACCAAAGCUAAAAGCUGUUUCCACCUCAAAGGAAGCGCCUUUGCAGAUGUCUCGACUGGGUUUAGCAGAGGUAGUCUUUUAGUUAGCUCUCGCCUCAAAUCUAUAGAGAUUGGAAUGUUAGGGAAGCUUGAAAGCGUUAGAGACUAUUCUAGUUUCGAUUCACAGAGAUUUGGCAAACGAAGUGGUGGUAGAGGAAGAUCUGGAUUAGUUUCAAAAGCUUACCGAGACCAGAGAAGUGACGAGAGGAGAGCUGAUGGAUCAUCAUCUUGGGAGAAGAAACGAGAUGGUAGAGGUAGAAAUGGAGAUUCAGUUUCUGAUAGGAGAAGUAGAUUUGGUGGUGAAACAAGAGAGCGUGAUUCUUUCCGUGGUAGAAGAGAUGAUAGAGAAGGAGGAGAAAGCGAGAAAGCUACUGGAAACUCUAUUUGGGUUGCUAAUGACAAACCAGCUCAAGAGCAGUUGCCUAAAGUUAAUCGUUCAUCUUGGGAGAAACAAGAUGAAACAGUGAGUUAUGCCCGUGAAGAUGAUGAUAGAGUCGUUGAAGAAGGGGAAACCGAGCAGAUUGAAGAAGAACCAAAUGAUGCUAGGUGGCCUGAGAUCAAGAACAGGUUCAAUAGGUAUGAUGUAAGAAGAGAUGAAGGGCGCGGCGGCAAUGCAGCGUAUCAAAACUGGAACAGGCAAGAGAGCUGGGGAAGGAAAACAUGGCAAGAGGCGACCGAGUCAAGCGUGCCUAGGAUGGUUGGUGAAGUGGUUUACGGAGUGAGUCCGGUCUUAGCUGCACUAUCCGCCGGGAGACGAGAGCUGUACGCUCUGUACGUUCAAGAAGGUUUGGAUUUGAGUAGCAACAACAAGAAGAAGAAAGACAAGAAAGGUUUCGAGAAGGUCUUGAAACUCUCUGAGAAGCUAGGGUUAGACAUCAAGGAAACUUCCAAGCAUGAUCUUAACAUGGUUGCUGAUAACAGACCUCAUCAAGGACUGGUGCUGGACGCUUCACCGUUGGAGCUGGUGAAAGUGAAAGAGCUAGAUAAGGUUUCUUCGGAGGAAGAAGAGAAGUACUCUCUUUGGGUAGCUUUAGAUGAGGUCACUGAUCCGCAGAACUUAGGUGCCAUCAUAAGGUCUGCUUACUUUUUUGGAGCCACUGGUGUUGUGGUGUGUGCCAAAAACUCGGCUCCGUUGAGUGCGGUUGUGAGUAAAGCAAGCGCUGGAUCGCUGGAAGUGAUGGAGCUUAGAUACUGCAAGAACAUGAUGCAGUUCUUGGAAGCUUCUGCUGAGAACGGUUGGCGUGUGGUUGGUGGUUCGGUUUCUUCCAAGGCUGUUGCUUUGAACGAGGUUUCACCCGGUAGGCCGACGAUUCUUGUGUUGGGGAAUGAAGGGACUGGUUUAAGGCCGUUGGUGGAGAGAUCAUGCACUGAUUUAGUUCGGAUUAGUGGGAAUAUGGCUAGCGAUGUUGCAGCUAGUACAGAGUCUGAAGAUGGGGAAGUGGAAGGAUUGAGAUCUUUCUUAGCUGUGGAGAGUUUGAACGUGAGUGUUGCAGCUGGUUUGUUUCUUCAUCACUUGAUAGGAAACAAAGCAAGUGUUUGAUUCCUUGGUGCUUAGUUUUUCUAGACAAUUUCAUUUUUUUUUUUUUUUGCAGCAAACUUGGGAUAUGCUCUGUACUUGAUAUUACUUUUUGCUCCCGUUCAAUGGUUUUCUUACGAAAGUUUAGUUGUUAUUGAUUGAUUUUUCAA